ACUGACCUCCGUUAUCGAAUCAACUGGAAUGUUGCAACUGCACUACAGGGCUCCAAAAACAUUCUUGCUGUACAGAAAGACGCGAAAAAUAUCUUUAUGUCUGUUGUAAAUGAUUCUGAGAACUCGAGGCCACUGCUCAAGGGUACAAAUGGCCUGGAAGGCGAACUCUCUAAUGAGCAAUUGACUGGUGAACCGACAUAG